AUGCAGCCACUUUAUCUUCUCAUUGUGGCUGUUGCCUUAGUUGCCACAGGAACAGCAGAGGUGAUGAAUGACUUCUCCUCUUGUAUUAAUUUCUUUUUUGGGGAAAAACCCCCAACUGGCUUUGAGGAGGCUGCUUUCCCUAUUCCAGAAGAGCGCCACCCAGAUGACAGUGCACCCGACUGUCUAGCUGCCUAUCAGCAAAGGUCACCCGGUUAUAUCUGCCAGAAGAUACCAAACGGAAACCAGUCUUACUUUGCCACUUUGUAUGACAGGGGCCGGAGAAUUCCUCUCUUCUCUGCCUACCUGGUAGAAAAAAAUCCAGCUUAUGAUACGCAAUUUGGUUACAUCCGUGUGGAACCUCAGCUUGUACACCGGGAACUUUCUGCUGAGUCACAACGAGAGGCUGAUGCUAUAAAAAUUAUAGAGGAAUACAACAAAGGAAAGAAUUGCAGUGGCAAAGUUAAGGAAUAUCAAGAAAAAAAUAAACUUAUGCAAAGCCAGGCCAUUGAAGAUGACUACAAGGAUGCAGGGAAGCAUAAUUAUGACCAUAUUUAUUUAAAUCCCCCACAACACCACAGUCAGAAGGAAUUCUGCAAUGCCACUAACACUUUCACUAACAUCGUUGCGAUAAGCAAGGUUCUCAGCAAAGCAUGGAAAGGUCAUGAAGAGGAAAUAAAAGAAGUAAUGCGAAAAAGUUGUGAGCAGAUGUAUGUGAUCACAGGAGCUGUCCCCAGCAAUGACAAAAAACUGAAAAACCGUGUCUAUGUGCCCAGGUACAUCUGGAGUGCAUACUGCUGUGUUAGUAACACGGGACAGACAAUGCAUUCAGUUGGAGUACUUCUCCCUAAUGACAACAGCGAGAAAAUGGAAACCAUGGUAGUGAACCAAUUGGAAGAAAGAUUGAGCAAUUUGUACAAUCACGAGAUAAAACUAAUUGAAGGUUGUUAG